GGAGUUUAGCUGAGAGAGAAGAGGUCUCUCUCCACUUCUCUAAAGAAACUCUUCCUCUCUACAUUCAUGAUGCAGCUGUUUGGAGCUCUGGUUCUGUUUACGACUCUUUCCACAGCAUGUGGUCUGAGAUGCUACACCUGCACAGCCACCGAGCCUAAAUCCUGCACAGACACCAAAUCUUGUGCCGUCAUCUUCAACCGCUGUUUCUCUCUCAAAGUAGAAGGAUACAACAUGGUUUCCAAGGGCUGUCAAACCAGUAUGAUAUGUGGAGGUUCCAUGGAUUGCUGUGAGGGGGACUUGUGUAACCGCGCCGCACUGACUGGUCCCAGUGUCAUUCUACUGCUGGUGUCCUCCGCCAUCAUCAGGCUGUUUCCUAUAAGAGAAGAGGUCUCUCUCCAUUUCUCUAAAACACUCUUCCUCUCUACAUUCAUGAUGCAGCUGUUUGGAGCUCUGGUUCUGUUUACGACUCUAUCCACAGCAUGUGGUCUGAGAUGCUACACCUGCACAGCCACCGAGCCUAAAUCCUGCACAGACACCACAUCUUGUGCCGUCCUCUUCAACCGCUGUUAUUCUACCAAUCUGGCAGGACUCGUGGUUACCAAGGGCUGCAUGAACGACAAGUUAUGUGUUGGUGGCAUGGAAUGCUGUGAGGGGGACUUGUGUAACCGCGCCGCACUGACUGGUCCCAGUGUCAUUCUCCUGCUGGUGUCCUCCGCCAUCAUCAGGCUGUUUCUCUGAAGCUCCAGCUGAGAAUAUGUUGUGGUUGCUAUGCUGCUCUUUUUCUCACUCAGUGUAAAACUACUUUGAUUUUAAAAAGCUUUGAAUUGAUCGUGUUCCCUACAAAGAGGUUUUGAAUCAGGACAAACACAACGUUCCUCAGGAUGAAACUUUUAUUCAAACAUUAAGCCAAGAGGACGAAAAUGUGUUGUAAUAACCAUAAACUAUGGUGUUAUCAUUGUGUCACGUCCUGUUACGUCUUUCAUAACAAAUCAAUUUUGGCUGUAAAUCCUGAUGUGAAACGCAGAACUCGAGGAAUAAAACGACUCCUUAGACGAUGGUUUUGUUUCAUUAAUAAUCAAACAAUCAAACAGCUUGUUAGGAAUCCAUGAUAAAAAAAAACUGACAAAACACGACAUUAAAUAUGAACGAGCAUGAGAAAAUAAUAAACAUGUUGAUUUGAUGAACCUGAUGAUGAACAAAAAAGCAGACACAGUGUAACUGGGUUAUUGUUGUACCUAUAAUCAAUAAAUAUGACUACAAGAAAAUA